AUGCCUCUUGUCGUUCCUGGUAUCAACUCAACAUCCGGCGAUAAGGCCGAGGAAUGGCAGAACAAGCUCGUCGGCAAGAAGCUUUCCGACGAAGAGGCAUCGACCGAGACUGUCUUUGCUAAGCGAGACCUCCCCCAGGAGACACGCAUCAUCGAGCCAGGAAUGAUGGUCACAAAGGACUUCAAGGAGGACAGACUCAAUGUUCACCUCAAGGAUGACGGAACUGUUUCACAUGUCGGCUCACCGAAGCAAAAGCUCAAAUCAUCCGUCCAGCGCUCCCUUCGCCAGGGCCUCCUCGACACAUACCCUCUCCUCAACUCCUAUAUCGACGAGAUCCUGCCUAAAAAGGCCUCCCUCUCAAGCAUGAAGCUGACCGACCGCAACACCCUCUACGUUCUUGACUCGACACCUCUCUUCUACCAACAGGAUCUCACUGGCAUCCUCGUUCCUCACCUUCGUCUCGUACACCGCUUCCCUCAAGCGUUCCCUUGCAUUCGCAUAGACCGUGGUGCCAUUCGCUUCGUCCUCUCGGGCGCUACCCUCAUGGCCCCUGGCUUGACUUCCCCAGGAGGCAGACUCCCCGCCGAUGGUGCUCCCGAGGGUCUACAAGAGGGCAAGGAGAUGGAUCAGAAGAUGGACGAGGAGGGCCGAUGGAGCAGAGAGCUUGUCAAGGGUGAGCCUGUGGUCGUCAUAGCUGAGGGCAAGGAGGAGGCAUGCGCAGUGGGAACACUCGUCGUGGGAACCAAGGAGGUCAAGGCCAAGGGCAAGGGACCCGUGAUUGAGGACGCGCAUUACUUGGGCGAUGGAUUGUGGAACUUGAGCACUGAGUAA